AUGGCACAUUGCAGCUACCGACUUUCGGGAGAUCGUACUUAUCGCUUCAACUUCCCAUCAAACGGCUUCGAAAUAGACAGGAACAGCCUUUAUUUCGUAUCGGGCGGCGUGAGCUUACCGGAACAAAUCCCUCACGAUCAGCUUGAGAGCUUAAGAUCAAGGUUCCGAGAGGCGGUUAAUGACAAGCCUCUGUGGGGAGACGCGGGCGGAGCUCAACACGAGGUAAUGGAUCGCAUCGUCAGCAACAUGGUCCAAGGCAUUCUCGAACCCCUUCUUGAGUACUUAAAAGACAAGAGAGGUACCCAAAUUCACAGCACUUUUCUAAAUGGUUUCGAGUCAUGGGAACCACCUCCAGACACGCAUUUCCAUGAAGAUGACGAGUGGGAGGAUGAAGAGACCCAGUCUCGUCCAACCUCCGGCAAAACUGUUUUGCAACUUGCCGCGUGCGAAUCACACCCCGAAGUCGUCAGACUCCUCCUCGAAGAAGGAGCCGGCGCCAAUUCUGCUGAUCUAGACGGUCGAACUCCUCUUAUGGAAGCGGCUCUAUGGGGUCGACUAGAGAACGUGGAGCUUCUCUUGGAGCAUGGGGCUGAUGCAGAUUUGCUUUGCAUUGAUAACGAUACACUACGUCGUGCGGUCGAUUUUGCAAGGCCAACACGAGAAAAUUAUCAAACACGAAGCUCUAACAGGUUGUACAAGGAGAAUGUUCAUCAGUUGGACAUUCAUCGAAGGGAAAUUGUCCGACUUCUUGAGGGUCAGGCUGCUCAGCCUGCUAUGCAACUUGAUGGUUUUUCAUUCUCUUACCGGUCAAAUGACGGACGGUCACUGAGUCUGACGACCCAUUACAGCCUUCCAACAGAGUGGAAGACAGCCGCAAGGUUAAUCCGCGGUGGAAACUUCCCUGAAAUAUCUGCGAUGAGCGGUUGGGGCCACGACGAAGAUGAUUUGGUUCAUGUUGCUGGACAGGAAUGGACGAACUGGGUCCUUGGCCUCUGCAAGAUGGUAGGGUUUACGCCAGAACGACAUAAUUAUGACAACGGGACGCCCGGAAGUUAUUAUGCUUGCCACGCCGAGAAACAGCUUAUCACAUAUUUCGUUUAUAAGCACUGUUUUAUGGAUCAAGAGCUGGCUGUUCCUCCGAAGCCAGAGGACGAACUUACUUUACUCAUCAACAUGAUGUCGCAAACUGGAUUCUCCGAUGAGGCGUGGCAACGAUGUCUGACUGAUCGUGUUGAGAAAGAAAGAAACCACAUGUAUCGCUCUAGGCUCGUGGCUUUGAACAACGUAUUUCCGGCUCAUCGGCUGAAGAAGGCCGAUGUUCUUGUCAGUCGACCCGUUUGUGAUGAUUGCAGGGCGUUUCUACGACAUGUGAAUGGUCAGUUGGGCUUAGAACUACAUUUACAUAACUCAACCGUGGAUACGGUUAGCUAA